CCCCUCCCCCUUAAAAAUCCCUCUCCACCCUCUCCUCUCUUCUCCACGCCCAAACCCCUCUCCCUCAAUUCCUCCGCCCCCGAACCGUAGCCCUCUAACCCCAGCGAGCAAUCGAAGAAUAGAGAUGGCCCAGAGAGAGAAGGAGCUCCAGGUCCCGGAGACCCGCACCCUCUGCGUCAACAACUGCGGCUUCUACGGAAAUCCGGCCACCAAUAACAUGUGCCAGGCCUGCUUCCAGGCUGCCGGAUUCGCCUCAUCGUCGUCGCCGCCGUCCUGUUCCGGCCACGAGAAGCCCAGAUCGGCCCCUUUCCGGUUGCCGGAUCCGGCGGCGGAAGGUGGGAGGGGAAGGGUGGAGGGGCCGGCGGCCAAGGCCGUUGCCGCCGCCACAAGGUUAGCGCCGGCGAGGCAGGUGAACCGGUGCGCUGGGUGCCGGAAGAGGGUGGGGCUGACGGGGUUCCGGUGCCGGUGCGGGGAGCUGUUCUGCGCGGAGCACCGGUACUCGGACCGCCACGACUGCAGUUUCGACUACAAGGCCGCCGGCCGGGAGGCCAUCGCCCGCGAGAACCCCCUCGUCCGGGCUGCUAAGCUCGUUAAAAUAUGAGGAGUUAGGAGGGGGAAAAUUUCCGUUGAAAAAAAAAAAACGUUUUUUUUUUUUUCUUUGGUAAUCUCUUCUCCUUGACAAAUAGUGCGACGGGGAAUUUCCAGGGUCGGAGAGAGAUGAAGCUUGUUAAUUUUUCCUUUUUAUAUGAAAUUAAAUUAGAAAACUCAUCUCUCGAAUCUGUGGUAUUUUUUUGUUUAAUGUCUAUGUUGUGUUUCGUGACCGAA